CACCCAACGGACAAGUGACGGAGCCGGAAUUAGAACCGAGGGACCCCGCUUUCCCGAGACAAACUUGUGGCGCACCUGGACGGAGGGGAGGAGCCUUGCAGCAGUGGACUUGUCCUGGCCACCGGCGGGGGAGUGGCGUGCUGUGGCACCAUGAGCUCGGAGGGUCGCGGUCCUGAGCCCCCACAGCAGGACGCCCACCCCGGGGACCCCGGGGACCCCGUCCGGCCCGCCCCGCCCCCCGAGCCCGCCCGGCCGCGGGUGAGGAGGGGGCUCCGGCCAGCGCGGCGUUCGGGCCCGGGGGCGUCCUGCCGGUGCGUGCGGUGCGGGAGGCGGUUCCCGGGGCGGGCGGCCCUGCGGGUCCACGCCCGGCGACGCCACGGCCGGGGGCGGCCGGCCCUGGCCUGCCCCGAGUGCGGGCGGCGGUUCAGCCACGCGCCCUUCCUGGCCCUCCACCGGCGGGCACACCUGGCGGGCGGCCAGCUCAGCUGCCACCGGUGCGGGCGAGGCUUCCCGCACUGGGCCGCCCUGGCGCUGCACGAGAGGAGCCACGCGGAGCCGCAGCUCUUCGCCUGCACUGACUGCGAGCGCUGCUUCGCCCACCGACGCCAGCUCAUGGCCCACCAGCGCUGCCACCCGCCCGCCCCGCGCCGCUUCAUCUGCGGCGGCUGCGGGCAGAGCUUCGCCUGGUGGGCCGAGCUGGUGGCCCACAAGAGGGUCCACAUGCCCGGGCCCCGCCCCCGGGGCCGCCCGGCCCUGGGCACGGCCCCGGGCCCGCCGGGGGCGGAGGACCGGCCCUUCCAGUGCGCCCGCUGCGACAAGCGCUUCCGCCACAAGCCCAACCUCAUCGCCCACCAGCGGGUCCACACGGGCGAGCGGCCGCACCAGUGCCCCGACUGCGGCAAGCGCUUUGGCAACAAGCCCUACCUGACCUCCCACCGGCGCAUCCACACGGGCGAGAAGCCCUACGCCUGCCCGGAGUGCCAGCGCCGCUUCCGCCACAAGCCCAACCUGCUGUCCCACCGCAAGAUCCACCAGCGGGACCGGCCCUUCCCGUGCCCGGCCUGCGGGAAGCGCUUCACCCACAGGACCCACCUGCUGGCCCACCAGCGGGCCCACCCGGCCCCGGACGGGCCCUUCCUCUGCCCGCAGUGCCCCCGGAGCUUCGCCCACCAGCGCUCCCUGCGUGCCCACCAGCGGCUGCACGCCGGCCAGCGCCCCUUGGCCCGGGCCCAGGUGGCCAACCCGGCCGGCCGGCUCCGCCCGGCCGAGCGCCCCUACCCCUGCCCCGACUGCGGCCGCCGCUUCGCCCAGAAGGACCGCCUGGCCGCCCACCGGCAGGACCACGCCGAGGAGCGCCCCUUCCAGUGCCCCGACUGCGGCAAGGGCUUCCGCCACAAGCCCUACCUGGUGGCCCACCGCCGCAUCCACACGGGCGAGCGCCCCUUCCUCUGCCCGGACUGCGGCAAGGCCUUCAGCCAGAAGUCCAACCUGGUGUCCCACCGGCGCGUCCACACGGGCGAGAAGCCCUUCCCCUGCCCCGACUGCGGCCGCCACUUCAGCCAGAAGUCCAACCUCAUCACCCACCGCAAGAGCCACAGUGGCGAGCGGCCCUACUCCUGCGCCCAGUGCGGCGAGAGCUUCGGCUACAAGCAGAAGUACCUGGCCCACCAGAAGAAGCAUGCCCCCUGAAGUCAGCCCGCCCCCGCCCCCCGUCCACCCGAACGCUGAUUCUCCCAUCCGCCCGAACCCUCAUUCUCCCCCUCCUCUCGUCCCCUCCCAAGCGCCCGGUACAGUGCUCCGCACAGAGUAAUGGUAGUUGUGGUGUUCGUUAAAGCGCUUA